AUGGAAAAUAUUCUUUUUGCACCACUUUCAUUUUCAAUUGAAUGUGUCAAAGAUAUGUCUAGUGAUCCAAACAAUGAUACCGUAUUUAUAAUUGGAUUUAGUUUACCAAAACAUAAAAUGGAUGAAUUUCCACAAGAUUGGUUUAAAGCAACACCAUACAUGUCAUCAUGUAUGGGAUAUAAACGUGCGACGGUUUACAAAGUCUUGGACGAAAAUGCGAUAUUUUCAUUUUUUAACAUAGCCGUAUGGUCAAGUCUCGAUUCUUGGAAACAAGCAAUAGCAACAGAGGAAAGCAAACAAGCUCAUGCUCAUCAAGGCUAUGUUGAUCGAACACCAUUUAUUGGCAAACAAGUGAAUUAA